AUGGCCCUCAACUGGGGAACUGGACUGGACCGGCGGAUGUGCAUGGCCCUGCAACUCUCUUGCUCGGCGCUCGCCCAGUCGUCCGUCUCUGACUCUCACACUCACACUCACACUCACACUACCUUACUUCCGCACCCGUACCCCCAGCGUGUGUCGUCCUCUCACGGCAAGUCGUCUUCUGAGUCCCGGUCUUUUCUGCCCUUGCUCCCUGACCCGACCCCCCAUUGGGUUGUUGUCUGCCGUCUUCCCUGGCGGGGAGUGCAGCGCCAUGCCAUGCCACGCCCUACCUUGGCCUGCCCUGCCCAUGUUGUGCUGUGUGUACGAAAUAGGUAGUGCUGUGUGUGCCUCUGCUCUGCUGUGCUUUGCGUUGCUGCACUUUGCUUCGUCGUCUUUGGUUCGCUCUGGUCCAAUCCAAUCCUGUUUAAGCAAAGCAAUCCAACCCAGCCCAUAAUUACCGCCCUUUCUGCCCUGCAACGACAUGACUUUCUGGACAUGGAACAUGGUCCCGGUCAUGGGCUGGCUGC